AUGGGAGGACUAAGCAGUCGUUUGUGGUUUAGAAGAGGUCAUGUGGCAGAGGAACCUGGUGCGGUUGGGAAUGUGGAGGAGGUGGUGGAAGCCCAAGCAGCCGAGGCUCAAGAGGGGGAAAGAAGUGAGGAGGCCCAAAUCACCACUAGUCAUGGAGGCCUCAAGCGGAAAGCCAACCCAGUAGGGCCGCUGGCCAUAAAUCCCCGUCGAAAGUAUGCCAAUGCCAAAACCAGAUCCGUUUAUGAGGCGCUUUUCCUGAGGGGUGAAGGCAGUGACGUACAGAUCCGAGCCUUGGGGCAGCAAUGGAACUUACACAGGGCUUACUUGUGCCAGUCAGGAUACUUUGAUAGCAUGUUCAGCGGGGCCUGGCGGGAGGCUAACAUGAAUACAAUAGAGCUACAGAUGGCUGAUGAAAACAUCGACCGUGAGUCUUUCCAUGAGGUUUUGGGAUACUUGUACCAUGAUACCAUAAUCAUCCCUCCCAACCGAGUCAUCGCCAUCCUAGCUACAGCCAGCAUGCUGCAGAUGGAUGAGCUAAUUCACCAGUGUCAAGAAAUCAUGAAGGUCUCAGUCACUGCCCAGAGCGUGUGCAGGUACUACUACUCUGCUGAGAUCUAUGGCCUCCAGAACAUCAGGUCCAUUUGCCGCCAGUGGCUGUUGGACAACCUGAUGACUCGGUGUGAUGAGGACCUACUGCCGGAAGUCAGUGUGGAUCUCAUGAAAGAGCUCAUUGCCUCUUCAGACCUCGUGGUGAUAGAAGUAGAGAUGAAUGUAUACACUACCCUGAAAAAGUGGAUGUUCCUGCAGCUGGAACCCACAUGGACUGGCCCACGAAGAGCAUUACUGUCUGCUGCUGACUUGUGGUUUGCUCGACACAGGAGGAAUUCAGAUGGUGCUCUUUUUCUGGAGACUGAUCUAGGGAGACCCUUCGUGCCAGUGUUCCAGAAGCUGAGGCUUCCCUACAUAAUCUGCGACCUUCCUUCAGCACACAUUAUUGAUCACGAUGCGCUGAUCCCUGCCACAUGGUUGGCCCCAGUGUACAAAAAGCAAUGGCUAGCACUUCUCCAGGCAGAGCAGUCCAGGGAGCUUGGGCCUAUGGAAGUCUAUGCAUCUGACCUCCAAGAGUACAGCAUGAGGUGUGGAGGCCAGAUUCACUCAGAUGAGCAGUGCAGCUGGAGGUGGUCUGGCUUCAACUUUGGCUGGGACCUGGUAGUGAGCUACACCAACCGGCGCAUCAUCUUCCAUCGCAGUGCCUUGAACAAGUGCUGUGGCCUUGGAGUCAGCUUACUCUGGCAGAGAAAAGUUGCUUUCCGCCUGCGCCUAAUCUCACUGGACACUACUGGAAGAGCCAUCCUCAGGAAGGACACAAACUAUCACAUGCUUUUUCUGCGAAAGGAUGAAGAACUAGAGGUCAUGAACUUACAAGAAGAAGAAGUGGUCUUUCCCCUGUAUGUGGCAUGUAACUUCUUGUAUCUCCCGGGAGAGGCUGGUGAUGCCCAGAGUGAACCACAGGGCAAAAGUUCAGAGAACUAA